AUGCUCGAGUACUUGUGGUUGCCCUGUGUGGUGACAAUUGCUGCCAUCGCUCUAUAUGCUAUCCUUAUCAAAGAAUUCCUGAAGAAAAGAGCAGGUCAGAUCGCCGUAGAGGGUGGAACAGAUAAUGAUUCAGCUACAAAUGAUUCAGCUACAAAGAAUGGAACCGUAGAGAGGGCUGCUCGUACUUGCACUUUGCCACCAGUUAACGAAAUGGAAACUUCUUCCAGAUCUGACUAUGAAGUAUUCUUGAGUUUUAGAGGACUAGAUACUCGAGCAAGUUUCACCGACUUCCUUUACACUAGUCUUAAAGAUGCAGGAAUCCGCACAUUUAGGGAUGACGAAGAGCUCCGCGUUGGGGAAGAGUUUGCCCCAGAACUUCUCCAAGCAAUUAAGCAGUCGAAGAUCUUAAUACCUAUCUUUUCAAAAGGUUAUGCCUCUAGUGUAUGGUGUCUCAAGGAGUUAGUCCAGAUGGUCGAGUGCCAAAAAACUGGGGGACAAAAAAUCAUGCCCAUUUUUUAUGAUGUGGCACCUUCAGAGGUUCGACACCAAACCGGGAGUUAUAAAAAGGCUUUUGUUUCACACAAAAGAAAGAGGCGAUAUGAGGAAAAGACUAUUGGAGAGUGGAUGGAUGCUUUAACUGCUGUUGCGGAUAUAAAUGGAUGGAACCUGCAAAGCAUGCCCAAUAGGCAAGAAGGUCAGUUUGUGAAAACAAUCACGCAGAAGGUUUUCACUGAGUUGAAAAAGGCUUAUUUGGUAGUAUCAAAUUGCUUGGUCAAUGUCGACAACCAUGUGGAUGCAAUCAUGGAAUUGAUAGGUGCUCAGACAAGUGAAACACGGAUUAUAGGAAUCCAUGGGAUGGGUGGUAUUGGAAAGACGACAACUGCCAAAAUCAUCUACAAUCAACUUUUAGAAAAAUUUGAGGGUUGUUGCUUUCUGUCCAACAUCCGUGAAAUGUCAGAACGCAAGGGCAUUGAAUUCUUGCAGAAUCAGCUCAUCUCUGACAUCCUAAAAGAAAAAUGCGUAGAUAUAAGAAACGCUGAUGAUGGGAUCAAGAUCAUCAAAGCUAGGUUGUCUAAAAAAAGAGUCCUCCUCCUUCUCGAUGAUGUGCAUGAAAAGAAUCAUAUGGAUGCACUUGUAGGCGAGCGUGAUUGGUUUGAUAAAGGGAGCAAACUUAUUAUUACUACUAGAAACAAAGAAGUUCUUGAUGUUCUUGAAGUGGACGACCGUUAUGAGCUUACGGGCUUGGAUCCGGAUCUAUCUCUUCAACUUUUUUGCAAACAUGCCUUUAGAAGAGAUUCCCCUAUAGACGAGUAUAUCAAUGAAUCCAAUAGGGUGAUACACAUUGCCGGAGGUCUUCCAUUAGCCCUUGAGGUCAUGGGUUCACUUUUAUCUCGCAAAAAUAAGAAAAUGUGGGAUGCCACAUUGAAGAAGCUAGAAAGUGUUCCCGAUGACAAAGUUCAAAGUGAUUAA